UAACUAAGAAGCAGCUCCUUUCACCCAAGCAACAGGCAGCAGGCACAACGCUCCAGAAGCUUAACUUCCAAGCAAGUGGAGUGAGGAAGGGGAUUUCUUCACAACCAGAUCUCAUCUAGUUAUGGAAACCAAAGACCCCUCUCAUGGAAAAGAAAGCACAGGGGCCAAGAAAAAGAACUUGACCUUCUUAAGUCACAGGCUCUACAUGCUGGAGAGGAGGAAGACGGACACAGUGGUGGAGAGUAAUGCUUCUGGGGACCACAACAGCUCUGGGACUUUGAGGAGGAGUCAAUCUGACAGGAGUGAAUACAGCCAGAAAUUACAAGAAAAAAUGGCACCCCAAGCAGGUUCCUCAGGACCUGUUGGUUCACCCCUGCAAAAUGAAGAAGAACUGAACAGGCGGAUGAUGGCACGAAGGCAAAAGAUCAUCGCCGAAAUGGUCCAGACAGAAAGAGACUACCUCAAUGAUUUGGAACUGUGCAUCAGGAUAGUAGUAGAGCCCUUGAGAAAAAAGCAGAUUACCAGGUUUGACGUGGAUGGCUUAUUUAGCAACAUCGAAUCUCUCCAUCAAAUAUCAACCAAACUGCUGUCAUUAUUGGAAGAAGCGACGACGGACGUGGAACCGGCCAUGCAAGUAAUUGGGCAAGUGUUUGUACAGAUCAAAGACUUGAUGGAAGAAGCAUAUAAAGUCUAUUGUUACCAAAAUGAUGAUGCCCAUGUCCUGCUGGAAUCUUAUGAAAAAGAUGAAGAACUGAAACAACAUAUAAGAGAUUGCCUCCAAUCCUUAAAAAAGAUAUAUGAAGAAGGAGGAAAGCCAAACCUACUGGACAUGGGAUCUCUGAUGAUAAAACCGAUACAACGAGUGAUGAAAUAUCCAUUAUUACUCUGUGAACUCUUGAAUACAACACCCAUGUCUCACCCAGACCACCGAGCGCUGCAGGAAGCUUUGGCUACUGUGAAAGCCAUGACUAUGAACAUCAAUGAACUUAAAAGAAGAAAGGAUAUAGUGUUGAAAUAUAAGAAAAAUGAUGAAGAUGAAUCUCUGAAAGAGAAAUUUUCAAGACUAAAUAUUCACUCAAUUAGUAAGAAGUCCAAAAGAGUCACGGGCCACCUGAAAAUUUUGACUGGAGGAGAACUUCAGGUGAAAGAUGAAACUUUUAAUAAGGAAGAGAAGUUGUUCAGAAGUUUAGAAAAAACAGUCAAAUUGUGUGUGAAGAAUAUUUCAUUGUCUCUGCAGCAGUUGAAGGAUUCUACACUUUUGGCUGCCACAUGUGAAACGGAACUUCACAAGCUUUUACAUGAGAGAGAAAGUGAGGAAACCGGCUCUUCAGAAUCACCGAUGAAUGCUGCAAACACCAAUGAAGGAUUUAGAAAUCAAGUCAACAAGAUGGUGUUGGCCCCUCUGUCCACAUUACAGGCCCUGUUCCUGGGGCCACAGAAGCUAAUCCAGAAGCGGUACGACAAGCUGCUGGACUAUAAUAGCUGCCACCCAAAGACACCAGGGGAUGAGAAGGAUCUUGCCAGAAGAGAAUACGAGGCUCUCAAUGCUCAGCUUGUGGAGGAGCUGCAGAUAUUCAACAAGGCAGCAAAGAGAAUUGUGAUAAAUUGCUUGUGUUGCCUUAUCACUCUCUUGAGGGACAUGACUUCAUCCUCACUAGAGUCUUUUUCUGGGAGAGAAUCCCUUAUAACACUCUCUUCCCCUAGUAUCAGUGAGGUUCAACAUCAGGUACUUGAAGAGGUACACAAUCUUAAUUUCGUCAAAGAAGUCAACAGUAUAAAUUUCAUUGAGAGAAAGCUAAGCUUUGAAAAAAAGAAGAGCACACCUCUCCAGCCUGAAUUUCCACGUCAGACUGAAAACCACAAGUCAGUCAUAAUGUCUACAUACAAUUCGGACGUGCUGUACCAAGCCAAGCGCAAAUGCAAUGCCACGCAGGAACUAGAUAUUGAUCUGUAUGAAGGAGAAGUAAUAGCUGUGGUAGAGCAAAAGGAUCCGUUUGGAAGUACCAGCAGAUGGCUUGUUGACACUGGAUUUUUGAAAGGAUAUGUUUAUUCCUCCUUCCUGAAACCCUACAAUCCAGCAAAAUUACAGAAAGAUGCUGGGGAAACUGGCCUUUGUGAUGGCGAUUUUGAUAAUAUCAGCCUUUUUGUAUCUCUGCAUCAACUGGAUGACCACAACGCCAAACCUCUUGGACACAAGAGAAGCAGCAGCAGCUCUUCUCAUAGUAGCCUCAAUGAAAAGGCAUCAGUUAAUGGGACAGAAGUGGAUACUUUUUAUGAAGAUGACCAACAGACUUUCUAUGCAGUUCAUGCAUUUCAAGCAAGGAGUCAGCAAGAACUGAGUCUUCAGGAAUACCAGCGAGUUCGAAUACUUCGCUUUUCUGAUCUGAGUGGCAAUAAAGAAUGGUGGCUGGCUGAAGCAAAAGGACAAAAAGGAUAUGUACCAGCUAAUUACCUGGGGAAGAUGACAUAUGCGUAGGUUUCAGAGACCUAAUUUUCCAGAACAUCAGUGCCAGAUGUUUUGUUUUGUUAACAACAACUAGGCAUGCCCUAGCAUUUUCUGUCUUCCUGAACACUGACUUUCUUUAUGUCUGUGGGAAUUAGAUUUGGGCAUCUCCAUAAUGUCCAUAUCCAGUAAACGCCCAUUGUGCUUUGGGACACCAGCAAAGGAGUGCAAUUGUGCAUCAGUAGAGCCCAGUUCAUAUCAGGCCACUCUUGCUAAUGUCCUCUUAAGCAUCCUUGGAAUUUACUAACAGGGUUUCUUAGCACGGCUGCACAGUAAGUAAGCACUCAUAAAAGUAUCCAGCAUACAUCCUAACAUUUCAGAAUUUUGGAACUAUAGAAACUAGCAUUAAUUGCCUAUAUGCUGAACUAAUUAAAUAUGUACAAUUUGGAGAGCAAACAAAAACAAGUCAUUGAUUUUAUCCUUCAGAUUAAAGCUAGCAAAAUGGAAACAGUUCAGAUAUUCUCUAAGUCAGUGGUUCUCAAUCUUUUGAAUGCCGCGACCCCUUAAUACAGUUCCUCAUGUUGUGGUGACCCCCAACUAUAAAAUUAUUUUCAUUACUACUUCAUAACUAAUCUUGCUACUGUUAUGAAUUGUAAUGUAAACAUCUGAUAUGUAGGAUGUGUUUUCAUUCACUGGACCAAAUUUGGCACAAAUACCUGAUAUGCCCAAAAUUUGAA